CUUCAGUUCUAAAGAGAUGGUUAAACCGAAACGAAAGUUACCAGAUUGGAUGCUACAGGGACCUAAAAUGCAAUCAAAACCCGUGACAAGUGAGAAAAUUACUAAGUAUUUUAGUCCAACGAAGAAAAAUUCAGCCUCCCCAAACAUCACAGAUACUCAAAAAGGUUUUGAAUAUAUCCUUAGUCCGGCAGAACUUGCAGAAGUAGCUAAUAUCUACCUGCUAUCGAAAAGAGAACCAUCAAAAUAGAGUUACUUUAUACAUUUCUAGAGAUAACAUUCCUGAAUAGACUUGCAAUAUUUGUGCAUAAACAAUAUACUGCAUCGGACAAAUAAACGUAGUUAGAAUGAGUGAAACUCUACCGGCAGCAACUAAACCUCUAUUGGUACAUAUAGACAUGAAGGGCGGACCACCUACUCCAAGAUACCUUAUUCAGCUUCUCAGUCUCUUCAAAACAUGGGGCGCUUCGGGUAUUCUUAUUGAAUGGGAGGAUAUGUUUCCAUGGGAUGGAGAACUUCAGGUACUUGCACGUGAAGGUCAUUACAGCCGAGAAGAAGUACUUCUUUUGUUGCAGGCAGCAAUUGAUCUUGAACUAGAAGUGGUGCCUCUAGUGCAAACAUUUGGGCAUCUUGAGUUUGUAUUGAAGCAUCCUGAGUUUUCACAGCUCCGAGAGAUACCUCUUUUCCCCAACUCCCUGAGACCUGUAGAUCCAGACACAGAACCAGGACAAAGCUCUGGUUUUCUUCUGGUUUGUGAGAUGGUUCGACAGAUAAUAAAUUUACAUCAUCCACAGAAAAUACACAUUGGAUGUGACGAGGUCUGGUAUCUAGGAAAAGGUCCUAUUACAUCUGUUUAUUUGGAAAAUAAAGGUGUCUCCGUAACACAGCUGUUCCUUCAACAUCUUCGCAGUGUGGCUAAGUUUGCUUCAUCAGAAGCCCCUCAACCAAAGGUUCUGGUUUGGGAUGACAUGAUGAGAACUGCUGAUGUGGAUGACCUAAUGAUUCUCCAAGGCCUGGUUGAGCCAGUAGUCUGGAAUUACGGCGAGAACUUGCAGUUUUCCCCAGGCAUGUUUCAGAGAUAUUCGGCUGUUUUUGGAAGCUCGAUCUGGGGUGGUUCUGCCUGGAGAGGGGCUUCAGGAUCAUGUUCUCAUUCAACCCCAAUCAGGUAUCAUAUAGCAAACCAUCUGGCUUGGUUAACUGUUGAAGAAAUCAAAGCGGGUCUAAUACUGACUGGAUGGGCUAGAUAUGACCACUUUGCGACCCAUUGCGAGCUUCUACCAGUCAGUCUUCCUAGUCUUUGUUGUUGCCUUGCUGUUAUGAAAAAUGGUGGUUGGACAUCAGAAAUUCAUUCAAUGUGCUCCAAACAGCUCAUGCUGAAGGAUCAACUAAACAUAGAGCACACAAUAUCAGCUGAAGGCACAGAGGAGCCUGUAUUUACUGGAUCUCGAAUAUAUUCCCUCAUCUUUUCUUACCUGAGGAUUUUAUCCAAUUAUGAAACAAUUUUCAAUGGUACCACACAGCGCACAUGGAUGAAUCCGUGGCAGAUUAAACAAGGUUUUUUAAAUCCAAUUCAGGUUCGAGGAUUUUUGCUAGAACUGAAGAAAUUGCAGUUUUCCUUCAGAGCUUUAUCGGAAGCAUUUAAGAUUGAUGUUCCUAAUGUGCUUCAUGCGUUUACAUCAGAAGAAUGGAUAGGAACCAAUAUUGAUCCAAAGUUGGACGAAAUAGCUACAGUACUUAAUUCCUUACGAGAACUUCCAUGUCUGCAAGGACUGCAGGAGAUGAUGAAAUAGAAAAUUUAAGUGAUAUCAUCAAAUAUUAGUGAUAUUUACAUUUUGUAGAUUUCAUGAAAAUCUGAUUUCACGAAAGUUUAAAAUUAUUUUUUUUCAGA